UUGGAUGAGAGGUGUCGGGUUUGGGGCUAUAAAAGGAGGGGCGCGCGCCAGCGCCCGCCACACAUCACCCGGACCCGAGUCUGCAAAGGUGGCGACAGCGGCGUCAAAAUGACGGUUUGGUGCAACUCCUGCAAAUGUCACGUCAGCGCACCGUGCACCUCUCACCAUCUGCCCGCGGAGCACCGCGGCUCCGUCUGCAGGAGGUUCAGAUCCACCAAAGGAGCCUCCAAAGCCCGACGAGACCACAUCAAUCACGAGAUCAAGAAUUUGCGCGCUCUGCUUCCCAUCACCCAGGAGGACCAGGAGCGCCUCUCUUACCUUCACUCCAUGGCUGCCAUCUGCACCUACAUCAGGAAGUCUGUUCACUUCCAGGACGACGCUAAGCUAAGGCUGCCCUCGGCUGGAGAGCGGUCGCGCUGCCUUCUGCCUUAUGAGGACUUUCUGGACACCCUGCCUGGCUUCCUCCUGGUCACCACAGCAGGAGGCCGGCUGGUCUACGUGUCAGAAAACGUGCCCGAAUAUAUCGGCCUUUCCAUGGUAGAUGUGCUACAGGGAGACACAAUAUACGACAUGGUCGAAGGCUCUGAUGUGGAAGUUGUGAAGUCAAAUCUGGACAUUGAAAACAACAUAUCAUCAGAGAGGAGCUUUAUAUGUAGUCUGCAGUCCUCCAAGGCCUUUAAAAUGCAACAUGGCAGCUGCUGCUCUGUGCUGAUCAGAGGGAGCUUCCAGUUCUUCCCUCAGCCGUCUCCUGCAGCCUGUCCGAACGGCGAGCCUCUCUUCGUUGCCCUCUGUACCCCCACAGUGAACCGUCUGACCGUCACCGACUCUCCCUUCUGCCUCGCCUUCACCAGCACCCACAGACCAGAUAUGAGUUUUACCCAGCUCUCGCACAGUGUUUUAUACCUUUUGGGGUAUUCAGCAGAUGAAAUGGCCGGCCGAUCGUGGUACAGCCUUUUGCAUCCUGAAGAUCUGUCAGAGGGUGCAGCUUCUCAUAGAAGUUUAAUGCAGGCAGACGAGGGCUUCCAGGUGGAGAUGGUACUGCGAUUCCAGCGCAUGGAUCUGUCAUGGACUUGGAUCUUUAUUCGAGCUAACAAGGAGUCAGAGAGCCAAAGCAUCGGCUGCACUAACUUCAUCAUCGGCGAAACCGAGGCCAGGUAUCUGCAGGAGAAGAUCAGCAGCCAUGCCUUCAAGCCAUCCGUGCCAAACUCCCCCCAUCCCGCUCAACAGGCUCCUCAAAGUCAGAGCUACGGCUCCAAAUGCCCCAAGAGACAGAGGACGUCCAGUAGCCCGAGUGAGGAGCCGGCUUCCAAAGCAAGAAGGGAGUCUGAGCAAGACAUUUACUGCGUGUUAUGCACCUCCUCCCAGAGCGGGAACUCUGCCGCCCCCUUGGGUGAAAGCCCCUCUCUCUUCACGCCUCCUUACAGCCCGGCCUCCUCCCAUUCCCCUCUGCAGCAGGAGGAGCUCAGCCGGGACUUCCUGAUGGAUGUGCACGAGUGCGCGGAUCAGUUGCUCUCCUCCCCUGAGGGCUCCCCCUCUUAUUACUCCAGCUCAGAUGCAGGACUCAGCUGCGAGCGGUCACCUGCCCAGCCGCCCCCCGCAGCCACGGAACAUUUCCACCAGAGAGACUUCGGCCUGUUCAGCGCCCACUCUCCGCUCUCCUCCUCGUCCCUGACUUACGAUUUCCAGGCCUGUCCCUCCGACGCCCGAUUAGUUCCAGACUGUCUGUCGGCGUCCGACACGUGCGACAGCCCGGUGGACUGUGCGUCGCUGCACCCGGACGAUUUUGCCCUCGUGGAGCAGCCACAAGAGGUCAGCCUCGUCCAGCUGCGUCACGUUCCUGACCAGGAGUUCCCGUUACACUCCGGUCUCCUGACAGCCUUCCAGCCCUCCACAUCGUUAGAGACGAACCAGUAUAACGAUCUGGAGCAGGCAGAGAUCAGCAUUCUAGCCCAGCAGAUCUCCUCUCUGGCCAGCAGUUUUGACUUUCACCACACCCUGAAUCCUUUUCAAAACCUGUCCCAGCAUGCAGCCGCCGAUGCCUCGUCCUCAGCCUGCGACUGGCAGCCCCGCCCCGCCCCGGCCCUGCUCCCCAAGCACACGCCGGCCCAUGACGACAGUGUGUUUGACAGUAUCCUCAAAGAGCUGAAUGUGGUCACGAAGAAAAGUGGCACUCCUAGUGCCGGCGCCAUCGCCUGCAGCUUUCAGCAGGGCCUAGUGGGCAGCAGGACCGGGCCCCGACAGCCGGACCAGGAGCCCCUGGGCCUCAUUGCUGAGGAUUCUUUACCUGCAGAGCAGUUCACCACAGGCACCACUGCCAUGGACCCUUUCAGCUCCCAGUUGGGACACCAUAACCACAACACUGGGUUGCAUCAACUCAACCACUUUUUGCAGAGAAACCUCCAGCAAGGUGGACUUGCUGAAGAAAACUUGUUCUGAAGUAGGUCCGUGACUUACUGCGCGAUCACUUGUAUGACAUAUUGUCAGCGUAAUCUUCCUCCACUGGAAUCAAAGAGGAAUGUGAGCACAAAGGCCAUCCUUCAGUCGAUGCUGUUUCCUGUUUCCAACAUGAUUUAUUCCCAAAUGUGACAAAACAAAGACGGAUGCAGGGUUGCUCCUGCAUUUCUGUUCUGUCUUCAUUUGUCAAACACGGCUGUCGGAUGUGUUUUAUGUUCCACUAAUAUCUUAUGCUUUAAGAAAAAGGUACUUGGUAAGAGAAUGUCUGACAAGAUUUACUCAAAUAGAUGUUCACUAUAUUUUUCUUCUAAUACUGGGUGAACACAGUUUACUAUAGAGCACUUUAUCAAAGUCACCGCUGUAAGAAUUGUAUAAAGAGAAGAUACUUCUAAAGAAUGUUGCUUUGAUUUUUAUCUGGAUUAGCUCCAAAACAAGAAACAUUCCAUACAACAGAGAAAUGUGAAAAUAAUUGCAUAUUUUUUAAACAGGUGCCUUAAAACAUGUUGUUUGCUACUAAAAUGAUCUAAUCUCUGAUCUGAUCUUUGGGUUUUAAUUUUCUGUACCAGAUUGUAACCCAGAAAUGAUGCCCAUUGUAAAUACAACACCUACCUCAGGGGGGCAGAUAAAACCAUUCCCAGUCUGAAUUUUCCUAAUGAAUUGUAUUUAUUUGAUUAUUAACAAAUGCUGGAGGGACUAUGUCUCCUGGCUGGCCUGGGAACGCCUUGGGAUCCCCCCGGAGGAGCGGUCAGAAAUAGCAGGGGAGAGGGAAGUCUGGAUGGAUGGAUGAUUCAUAACACACUGACUUAACCUUACUUUCACUUGAUUCAAAAAUGUACUAUUUAAGUUCAUUAUGACCACAUCUUAUGUCUACUGGUACAACUUUAUUUGUUUGAAUGUUUAUCGUUAUUUUGUCAUUUGUCUCAGGCCUUCGAAAUGUAAAUAAAAGUCAUGAAA